AUGGAGGAACAGCGAGGUCAAGACAGGGGGUCAUAUAUCUGGGGAAGAAGUGUCCAUAAUAUCCGUAUCGAGCGGUUGUGGGUGGACUGGACCAGCAUGAUUGGGUCCAAAUGGAAGACAUUCUUCCAAGAUCUCGAAGUGACUGGUGGACUCAAUCCCGACAACACAGCCCAUAUUUGGCUCCUACAUCAUCUUUUCUUACCUUUGAUCAACCAGGAGGCAACACAAUGGGCCAAUGCAUGGAACAUGCACAAGAUGGCCUUACCAGAUGGACAGCGGAGUCGUUCGCCAGCUGAUCUUCGGUGGUUCAGCAUUCUACAAAGUGGAGCACGUGGAUUGGAUGCUGCAAGCUUUCAGCCACCUGACGAAGAUCUCAAUGCCGAUGAAGUUGACGAGUAUGGUAUUGACUGGGAGGCUUAUGAAGAUCAGCGCAUACAUGCACACCAUACAGAGGGUAACCAGCCUGACCACCUAGGUCACAAUCCCUUUGUUGCUCACAGACCUGAUCAUUUCAACAUGGUCGAGGUCGAGGAGCCAAAUUGUCCCCUGUCCCCCCAGCAUCUUGCUACCUUACAUCAAUAUAUUGAAAAUCUCCCGGACUCCACCAUGACAGAGAGGAAGAUACUUUGGAUGCAGUCGAUGCAACUGUGCUCACAGUUUAUUUCAUGA